AUGGAGAGAAAAGCAAAGAGUGGCAAGACAAAGAAAUCCCUUCAGUUUGAUCCGCUGGAUAUUACGGAAUCUCUGGGUUAUAAGACAUAUAGAAAAAGCGGACGGAACUCGUGGUCUAAGCAGGAUGACAAUGAGCUGCGAUCAUUGCUAAGCAUGGCACUUGUUGAACUGGGAUAUGCCAACGGGACAGAUGAUAUUAAAUCGAUACAGGAAUCUGAGCAGGCGUGUAAGAAAGUCUCCUGGGAGGACAUUGCCGCGCGGUUCAAGAACAGUCAUAGAAAGCCAAAGGAGCUGAGAAAGCGAUGGACCUCUUCGCUGGAUCCAAACUUGAAGAGGGGCAAAUGGGAUCCAGAUGAGGAUGAACUGCUUCUGAAGGCAUACGCGAAGCAUGGAUCUCACUGGCUCAAUGUUGCGAGCGAAAUCUCGGGCAGGACGGAGGACCAAUGUGCGAAGAGAUACGUUGAAAUUUUGGGCCCCAGCAGUGAAGGAAGAUUGAGAGCUUGGACUCUGGAGGAGGAUCUGAGCUUAGUUAGUAAAGUGAAAAGCUAUGGGACGAAAUGGAGGAGAAUCUCAUCUGAACUUGAAUCCAGACCUAGUUUGACGUGUAGAAACAGGUGGAGGAAGAUAAUCACCUCUAUUGUAAGAGGACAGGCGCCUCCGGAAAUUGUCAAAGCUGUCAACGAGAAUCAAGACAUAGAUUCUCUGGUCAAUAGUCUUCGAGCCAAAGAGCGGGAGAAAGGUGCCUCCAAAAAGAAGGCAGUCAAGGCAAAAGAAGAAAGAGAGGAUCACGAUCAAGAAAUCGACGGCCAAGAAGGAGAUCAAGAAGAAUUUGGCCCACUAACAGACAGUGCAAAAUUUACCAAAGAAAGUCCACGCAUCUUUCCUCAAGUGCAGCAAUCAAUGUUUACCCAAAAAGAUCAGGGUUUUGCUGAUGACACGCCCACUACUUCCAAGGAAGAAGUUCACAAAUCUCUUUCGGUUGAUGCAUUUGAGCCCCUCCUCAAUCAUGCUAGCAAAACAGUUAGCCAUGGCGAAGUCAGAUCCGGCCAAACUCCACAUUUACAUCAGCAGCAAAUACCGUAUUCCAGUCAAUCUCCAGACAAUACUACCGGAGAGAAAAUGAGCUCAAAUGGGAGGACAAGUUCUUUGGAUGGAAGAAAAAGUUCAACAUCGUUGAAAGAUUCAACGCCAUUUGGUGGGAGCAUGAACCACAUCUCCUCAGAGUUAACACGAAGCCCGAUGUCCACGACUUUGGAUGGUUCUGCUCUCAUCCCAAAGGUCUAUACUAAAGAAUCCUCGAUACGCAUAAGCCAGAACCCUGGAUCGGAUCAGCGGGUUUCAGACACAACUUUCGAUCCGGCCAUAUCAAAUACCUCUCAUGAUCUGAACAAAAAUUUUCUCCACAACACUGGCCAAACGGAUUGGAAAUUCACUCUAAAAGACGGUCAGGGGUUGUCUAUAUCGAGCGGCUCUAUCAGCAACUCUGCUCUAGUCAAGGAGCUCAUAGAGCAAGCCAAAAAAUACUCGCUAAAGAUUUCCCUUCAUCAGCAUAUACACUACCAUUAUGGCGGUCAGAAUGAUUCAAAUUGCAUUAACACCAAUAGCAUGGAACCUAUAGCGACCCUGCAGCCCAAUCCUAUCUCUGCAGAUCUGUCUAUGGGACCUUCCUCAACGGCCAAUGAUCUCUUCACCGGCAGUCAUUACUAUAAAGCAUCUUAUGGCUCGAUCAGUCAGCAUCACGACUUAUUCGCACAGGAGCCUAGCUACAACAGUUUUGAUCUCGAUCCGUCUCCCCAACCAAAUGGGAAUCAAGACUUCUACCCUAACCAAGCGGUCCAACAUACACAUUCACCCGCUGGAUAUCCAAACAGACCCGGCACGACUAGCUCAAUCGGCUCACAUAGUACUGGAAACAAUGACGAUGCGCCUGAUAUUGGCCGCAACCGUGUCUCGCACUUCAAUUAUCUCCCUUCUUCCGUGAGGCCGCAGCUGGGCUCAUCUGAUUCCACCAGAGCGGCUGAUCUCAGCAGAUUAUUGAAUCCCAGCCCGAACAAUGGGAAUUCCAAGAAGAAGAAGAAGAGGACGAGGAGCUUUCCAUCGGAGACGGCAGCCGCCUCGGGCACGACCUUUAGAGAGUCGGUGAGACCGCCGCCGUCAAGCCCAGCAUCAAAGCACACGGGACCCUCGGACAACACGGCGGGAAUCAGUGUCCUGUACGAAGAGGAGGGGCUCGACUUUUGGGAAUACCUGCGAUCGCUCGCCGGGAAGCCGACCGCCGAAGAAGAGAAGCUGCAUCCCUACCACCCGUACGGCGAAGGCGAUUACGACAUACUCUGCAGCCUUUUCGACGGUAAAGUGCCAGAUGUGCGUCCCAAGAGUGUCCAGAGCGAAGUGAAGAGGAGCCCUGCGAGCGAUGGCGAUUCCGCAAUACCUUUCAACCCCAGCUGA